UACAAUACAAAAAAGAUGUUUCAUUAAAAUAGAAUAAUAUGUAAACUUCUGCACCUUUUGAUACAUCUUGUUAAAAGAGACAAUGCUCACAUAUAAAAUAUCUUUUCAUCUUUUGUAUAGUUAAAGAGUUAUAACGAAAAAUUUUAUAACAAGUUUUAUACGCAUUCGGGUGUAAUGCUACGUCCCUUUAAAUUCAAAUGUGAUCGAGAUUAAUAAUUGCGAUUUCGAGAUGUUACGUAGAGGAAACUCGAAGUCGAAGAUGAUUCAAAAUGGCUCGACAUAGCCGUUGGCAAUGUUGGCAUGUUCUAUCGCAUGUGAUGGAUCGGCGAUAGCGGCGUGAUGAUUUGUGUCAACAAUAGAUAUUUUCAAAGAAGAUCGACACAUCAGCCAUGGAGGAGAGUCUUGAGGAUAAUUUGCUGGACGACGAGGACGACGUCGGGGAGCUGACAGCGCAGACGGCGCUCCAGGAGAUUGAAAAUGCCUGGAUGAACGAAAGAUUCGCUCCAGAAAUUUUGCCACACCAAUCCGAUUUGGUAGAUUGCAUGUUACAGCAAAUUGCGCACAUGGAAGAGAACAUCAAGAGGUUAGAUAAGAAUGAUCUGCGAGCGUUGGUUCACCGGAUGGAACUUGAUCGGAUUAGAUACGUGAUCAGCAGUUAUCUACGAGCACGCCUAGAGAAGAUUGAACGGUUCACAAUUCAUAUCUUGUCGGAGGAGGCAAACAGAAGCCCAGAAGAGGCUUAUUUGACACCGGAUGAACUGCAUUUUGCCAAGGAGUACUUGGCUAAUCUGGAAACGCUUUUCAAGACAGUAGCAUUACAGCACAUGCCGCCUAAUUUUCAACGAUUUGAAGCGAACAAAUUUAUAAUUAAGCCCAACUUGCAGACAUAUGUGUUUCUACGCGCCAAUCGGAAAGUUACAGGUAUAGUUCUGCCUGGUGUAUUGAACGAAGAGAUAGACUUUGAAGAAAGCUCGCAACAUAUCAUUCAGUACAGUGCUAUAGCACACUUAGUCAAGUCUGGUGUGGUGCAGCUGAUUUGAUAUUAAGUUGAAGUAUAGUCAAGGAAGAAAAA